CAUAUUCAGUCCAGUCUCCCUCCAGUUGUAGUUGUCGUUGAGCUAUAUUGAAGCAGUGCAACGCAACGACUAACGACGAAUGCGGUAGCACUAGCAGACGAAGACGAGUUGUUUAUGUUGUUUGAUUGAUUCGAUUGUACUGCAUGAGUUUUCCCUUAAAUAAGCCGCAUAAAAGGAUAUUAUUAUAAGUAACGCAGAAAGAAAAAUCGUGAAUAUUUGCUGGUUUUCGGUGGUGCAUAUUCUAAUUCAAAUAAUCUUCGGUUCCUUGUUCGUACUAUGGACAGUUUAAAAUUUAUUUCGGAAGAACUGUAUGAUAACCUAGUUGAUUCUCCAGGACCUUGCUCGAGUCCGUCUUCGGAGCUGAGUGGUACCGGCAGAAAAUGGUACAGGAAAGCAGCACACAGAAUAUUUGUCAACCGAAGUUUGCAUUUGGAAAAUAUAAAGUAUUAUGGAUUCGACAUGGACUACACCAUAGCAGAAUACAAGUCACCUCAGUAUGAAAGACUCGGGUUCAACCUGAUAAAGAAGAGACUAGUAUCUCUUGGAUACCCCCAGGAAAUAUUAGAGUUUGAAUACGAUCCCUCCUUCCCCAUCAGAGGCCUCUGGUUUGACACAACUUAUGGCAACCUAUUGAAAGUGGAUGCCUAUGGAAAUAUUCUAGUCUGUGUUCAUGGCUUCAAGUUUCUAAAGCACAAUGAAGUGUACGAACUGUACCCAAACAAGUUCCUGCAGCUGGAUGAGUCCCGAGUGUAUGUGCUCAACACACUGUUCAAUCUACCUGAGACGUACUUGUUGGCCUGUCUGAUAGACUUCUUCACAACCUCAGCAGAGUACACCCAUGAUAAGACUGGAGUUAAGAGUGGUCAUUUGAUCAUGUCUUUCAAAUCAAUAUUCCAAGAUGUGAGAAACGCCACAGAUUGGGUACACAUACAGGGAGACCUCAAAUCUGAGACUGUAAAGAACCUUGAUGAGUAUGUCAAGAAAGAUGAAAGACUGCCAGUAUUUUUGAGCCGCCUUAGGGAGAGCGGAGCUAAAAUCUUCCUUCUCACAAACAGUGACUACAGGUUCACUGACCACAUCAUGACUUAUUUAUUCGAUUUUCCUCAUGGUCCGAGACCUGACGAACCACACAGGAACUGGAAGACAUACUUUGAUGUGAUUGUAGUAGAUGCAAGGAAGCCUCUAUUUUUUGGAGAAGGCACAAUCCUACGACAAGUGGACACCACGACAGGUGCUUUGAGGCUGGGUACCCACAUGGGUCCCUUACAGAGAGAACAAGUCUAUUCUGGCGGAUCAUGUGAUGUAUUCACGGAAUUGAUCGGAGCAAAAGGUAAAGAUGUCCUAUAUGUUGGGGACCACAUUUUCGGUGACAUCCUCAAGUCAAAGAAGAUCAGAGGGUGGCGCACAUUCCUCAUUGUACCAGAGCUUAUCCAGGAACUGCAUGUGUGGACAGACAAGUGUCAACUGUUUGCUGAACUGCAGGGUCUGGACAUUGUGUUGGGCGACUUGUACAAAAACUUAGAUAGUAGCACAAAAGAGAAACCAGACAUUUCCAAAGUUAGGAACGCCAUCAGAGAAGUUACCCACAAGAUGGAUAUGUCUUAUGGCCUGCUUGGAAGUCUGUUCCGCUCAGGCUCCAGGCAGACAUUUUUCUCGUCACAAGUUGUCCGCUAUGCAGACCUUUACGCUGCCACACUGCUCAACCUCCUCUACUACCCCUUCAGCUACAUGUUCCGAGCACCGCCAAUGCUGAUGCCUCAUGAAUCAACAGUAGCUCAUGAACAACGAUUUGCAAUGGAGACUCCAGUGAUUUCCCGAUCGAGGACUUUCUCCAUCAUCGAAGAAACCGAAACUAAUGUUACCAAACGUAACCAUCGAAUGCUGGAUCAACGAUCACAGAGCUUAGUUCACGUCCGUCCAGAGACCCCCAGAAGUGUCACCCACAACCAUGAUGAAGACUACUCCGACGAGGAAAGUGACCGUCAGUCAGGAGAGGGAGAGGAGAAGCAAAGCUCCUAACGAAUUUUUUAGCUUGUACUGUACAUGUUUUGUUCUUAUGUAUAUUGUAAUCUACGAGUAAUGAAAUAAUUUUUAGAACAUUGCCAAUAAAAUUUAUACUGUUUUGCUAUAUUAUCAAAGUAAUAUAUUAUUCCAGUUAUGUUUUA